AUGAACGCGUCGCAGUUGGAAGAUCUGACGCCAUCCGUUCGCCAUCGAACUCUGGCUCAAGCCUCUCUAAAAGAUGUGUCGUUUGUACGCCAGGCAGCAGCGGGUGGCUUGCGAGCGAGCGACCAGGGGCUUUGCCUCCUGCACUCACUGGACAUCGAGGCCAUUCUCCCUGCGCUGAAGCAUAAAUCUCCGCAAACCAGAGCCAUCGCUAUCAAUGCGUUCGUCAAGGCCUGGUUUCGCCAAACUGAAACAAGCACGCCAGUCAUCGACGCCAUAGGAGGUGGCCUAGGUUUAGCCACAAUCCUCAAUGAACUCACCUUUAGAGAUGCAAAGAAGCUCUCUGAAAAACUUGGACACAAUUAUCGUGGAGCUACCGAUCCAAGAACGCAGGUGAACGACCAGCUCGUCUCGCUCUUGGUGCCGUCCAUCAGCAAUGAUGGGCCAGUGCAUCCCAUCUCGCGACUUGGAUCGACGCUAGCAACGAAUUUUAUUCCUGCAUGCAGUCCCAAAAUCGUCUUCGAGCUCCUGAAGCUCCUCGAUGCUAAACGGGAUAAAAAUCACCUCCGACGUCUCUUACAUACUCAACCAGAGGUCGUUGGAAACCUUCUCCUCACUCCAUACGAUGUCUUGGAGAACCCCAACCUCGUGUUUGACCAAGAGGACCUCAAGCAGCUCUUCUCCUUGCGGACAAUCCGAACCCUGUCCACCCCACCGGGCCAUCACUGGGGAGUAGACCUGUUUAUCAAAUGCAUGUCCGCUCCGGAGUACCCUCGUCUCAAUUUUGUAGCCGGCAUUUCGAACAACAUCGACUUGGGAGUGGUGCUCUUGAGGGCAGUCGACAAGACCCCAUAUUGGACCACUCUUUUGGAGCUUCUCAUUUCACUGGGAAAAACGAGCAAAGCGAGAGGUUCAACCUUGUCAUUUGACAGCUGGAAGCCUGUGGUCGUUAAUAUCGCUAGCAAGUUGUUGAAAUGUGGAGAUGGGAUAAUCCACGGCAUAUCUACAGAACGACUGAGGAACUACCUCACAGAGAUUGCCAGCUCCCUCCAGCAGAUUUCUAUGGACAACGCAGUUGCUGCCCUGAUGCCUGCGCUUGUUCCCAAAGCUCGAAUCAUAGUUCUGCGCUCCCUCUACCGAGUAGAUGAUCUCAGGACCUGGAUGCAUCCGUAUCCUGCCGUCAUCAAGGUCGCCACAAUCGCCUUGCUCACAUCGAGAGAUGGCGAGCCCAUCUUGAGGCAGGUUGAAAGGCACUUUGGCGACCAUCACUACCUUUCGCAUGCCUAUGGGAGCACAGGACUCUCUAACAUGUUCAAUCUCCUUAAUUCGGCCACCGCUGCCGAGCCCACGGAUCGUGAUGACGCUGUCUCCUCAACCGUGCGAGGCCGGUGGGCAAAUUUAGAAGGGGAUGAAGCCGGUAAAUCGAAGUUUAAAGAGUGGUUGGAACGCUGGAAGCUCAAGACACAUCAUCAGCGAGAACCCGAUGGACGGGUGAGGUAUACUCGCGCAUUGUUGAUUAUUGCGGCAAUCGUCGAGGAUCGUGAAAUUCAGAAGACGACGUGGGCCUGGGUAUUCGAGCGCUUUAUCAAGGAUGUGAAUGUCCGCCCGCAGGUUUUUCAGUCUCAUAUGGAUCUCUACAUUAGAAUCCUAGUCGGGAAUUCGAAUGAUCCUGUAGCUUCAGCCCGCAUAGGAGACGAGAUAGUGGGUGCUUUCAUCGAAACUAUGGCCGAAGCAAGGAAGGAGCCUGGAUUCCACGCAUUCAGCUUCAGGCCCAUCUUCUCAAUCCUUCGUAACAUCCUCAUCGGCAGGUUGGAGCUCUGUCAACGAUUCCGGAAGGAAGGGACUGCAAAAGAGCUCAUUGCACCGCUGGCAGACCUCUUCAUUCGAGCGGAAAAGAUUAUGUUGGACGACCCUGGUACAUUUGGCAGGCCUACAUCGCAUCCAGCCUGCUAUAACGAGUCAUAUGGAACGUACACAUUUAGCUCGCACAAGUGGUCCCCAAACAACAAUGACUGGGGGUAUAAAAAGGAAGUGAAUCUUUCUCCCGCCUCUCGCAAGAUCUUGGUUCGCUUCCUCGAGGAUCUUGGUCAGACGCGAGAUGGUAUUUAUGACGACUUGCGCUCAACCAUCGGCGUCGAGACCGUCGAAGAUAAGUCGUGGAAUGGGAGAUUUCCAUGGCCAUAUCUUGUCGAUCAGUCGUUUUUGAGGGACAUCUCUGUGGAUGAGUAUGCACCUCGACUCAUGGACCAUCUGAAGAAGAUCAUCCUUCUUCCAUUGGGAGGGAAGACAGAGCCUAUUCACCGUGUUUAUUGGGCCUUGUGGCCACAAGCAAUAAAUCUCUAUGCUGAAAUAGCGCUCAAUCGUGAUCAGGAUCGUGACAAGAUGCUCCUUCCAGUCAUAGAGCACUUCCAUUCGCGAGGCAUGACCAAAAACGGCCGUCACUUCGAUUUAAAACCGUUCCUUCUGAGCAGUCAAACAUUCAUGAAGGCAGUAUUUUCUAGCGAGGUGCUCGUCGAUGCAUUUUUUGAAUCUUACAAAUUGAACCGCGACAAUUUCUCCGAAUUCGAAUUGGUCCCUGGAAUUUGGGGCUCCCCACAGUCUUGGAUCGACGCCUUCAAAGAGUAUGCCGCCCGGCACCAGAAGCCGAGCACCCUAACUACAACGACGCUUAUGGCAAAUAUCCUUCCACCAAUCACUUGCCGAGGUUCGCAUGUCAUUCUCCGCCAUCUUACCCUCGUAUGUGCCAUUCUAUGGCUAGCAUCUCGUCCAGGCGUUGAGACGGCGGAUCAAGGCUAUGACAUGAUCGAAGAUGGGUCUACCGUGAACUUCGUUUCGCUAUAUGCGCUCAUGGGAAUGAAUGAGAAGAAUCGUGUACCUCUCGUCUUGGGUCUCACACACGAAUAUUUCCUCGCCGCGUGUAUAGACUUGCUUUCAAAGGAGGAGAUUCAAAAUCUGUCCAACUCCGUCAAAACUCUGAUUCCGGUCAAGGAAGACCAGCCACAUCGAGAUAAGGUCCUUCGCACAUUGGCCAUAGGUAUACUCCAACGUUCCUCGUAUCCGACGCUCCUCGAGGAGGAUAUCUUUGAGGUGCUACGAGACGUAAAGCGCUCGACCAUUCAUCGACACUUCUUUACUGAAGGGAUGUUGGCAGUUGUGAGUCCAGACGAAAGCAGACGGCUUACGAGGAAAUUCGUCGAAGUGAUAUCAGAGGGCAUGGCAGCUCAAGCCCAGAAGUCGGAGAAAGGCGUCUCCGGAAAGAUGAAGAACGCGGAGAGAGGCAUUCUUGCCAUUCCAAAGGCUUUACGCCCCGAAGGUGAGAAGAAAGAGGAAGAUGAGCCGACGGUCAAGCUCUCGACUAUCAAAUAUCUCGCCACAAUUGUCGCACAGCCCGUGACGACGUUGGAUCCCGAGGAAAGUUGCAACGAAUUGACGCGUCUUGCGUCUACUCAAAAUGUUCAUCCAUCUGUCCAGGACGUCGUCCUCCAAAAUCUCGUCCAGAUGCUCAGGUCACAGAUUCGUCUGCACGCUGGGCCACAAUUGGAGCCAGUGUGGCGUACUUUGGAGGAACUGGCAAUGGUCGCUGUUAGUCUUGACGAGCGUCGGAUGCUGACGGAGAAAGACUGGACGCGCUCGAAAAUGCCUAAAAUAACACUCAGAAAUACAAGACCGCUGCGAGUUCUUACUCUUGACAUUGUCACUCUACCUCUCGAUGUUCGACCGCAUUGGGCCAGUCUCGUCGACAAUAUGUUCAGGACCCAGGCACAGCAGACUCAUCGAUGGCUGCUUGAGUAUCUCAAAAGGAAAAAGAUACCCGACUCGGAGCUCCAGUGGCUCGUUCAGGCGCAAUUCGGGCCCUUGCUGCCUGAGCUUUAUACGCCGUGCAAUAGCGCUUACAAGUCUAAUUGCAAAUAUCUGCCUGAGAACUCGUGGAACAUUCGAAUACUUAAUCAACAAGCCAUCGGAUUCCUCUACGCAGACAAGUUGUACAAAUUUACCGCACAACUGGACGACGCGGAUCAAGGAUGGUACACCAAAGAAGAUGGCCAGCACUUUAUCGCCCUGCGCAAUCAAUGGGGCAAGGGUCACCUAACGGCAUGGGAUACACUCGUCGGCGUUCACCGCGAACUUGGAGGAGAGGAUAGAGUUGCCACACUGAAAGGCAUCAUCGACACUCUAUUACAGCCAUCCAAUAUGGUUAUCAUACCGGAACAACCCGAGUCGAGAAACACGCCCUGGGCCGUCGUUCAGCAAAUGGUCGGUUACUUCAAACCUUCCGUGUUUGCUACACCACAGACGAGAGGGGAAUGGAAGCAACAUACUCGACCGAUGUUGGAGUGGACGCUUGAUCGAGUGAACCAAGCGCAGGAACAGGACGGUCUCAGUUCGGUCCUCUACUACAAUCUGAUUACGAAGAUCAAGCUAUUCCUCUUACCAUUCCCCCUCGUAUAUGGGCCAGAGGCAACGUAUUCACUAUUCGUCGAGCAACUGUUUCCCCUCGCAGUGGAGGCACAGAAUCGACCUCCUGCACUUUCGCCUCUGCAAAGGUUCCUGGAUGACUUGCUAGGGCUUGUAUCCGAUCUACUGCCUGAUACCCCGACGCUCAUGACCGAGCUCUGCAAGAAGGGGGAGGCUUCUGGCGAUGUCAACGCCCGUCUUCUCGCCUAUCGACUCGUUCAAUACUUUGGCGGGCGUGCCUCUGCUAGUCUGACCAAAGAGCAAAAUGAGCAAGUCAAGCAGAUCUUGGUGAACAUGGAGGACCACCCAGACGAAUACGUCCGCCUGCUCGCUCUGAGCCAACCCCAAACCAAGGACGGCGUACAAACAGUCUUGGCUGUGGAACAAAUGGAUUGGGCUGCAGAAACUGGGGCAUCGGACAGCGCCGACUGGUAG